CCUUAGCCUGACGACAUGACUGGGGCUCUGAGGAAUGCUGCUACUUUGGGUGCCCUCCCCCCACCACCUCCUAUCCUUCCUUCCGCGUCUGCCAUAUUUCUUAGAAAUCAAGUUCUCUGGGUAGGGGUGGGGGCAAUUCUCGUGAGAAAAAUAAGACAUGCUGACAUUUAUGAUAUCUAGACCUCGGACCUAACAUUGUGUCCGGACCGUUUGACAUUUCAACGCAUCUCGCUUUGCGCAGGACUGAGUUUGUUAGCUAAAGACGUGGGUCAUAACUUGUCAAAACCUCUGCAAAAAGGGCAGCGCGAGUUGCAUAACAUCAUGGCGGCUAACAUUCCCUUUCCUGAAUUGCAACCCUCCCAUGCUCCCCUGCGUCUUCUGUGCUCCUAGUUUGGUCUAUGGUGCCACCUACUGUUCAUUUGGAUUCUGGGUCUUAUUUUCUGUUCACAUUUAGCCCUGAGUCCGUGGAAGCAAGCCCUGCCGUGAACGAGAAAACCUACUCCAAUCAUAGUUGUGGGAGUGCACAAAGUCAUGGGUAUCGGGGACUACCAUAUGCUAUGCAACAGUCUUCCGUUGUGUGUUGUCAGGAUCACAACUAUGGCGCGCCCCCUCCCCCCACCCCACCCGCCUCCCCGCUCUCUCAAACCAUCAUCCCCCGGGUGGAGCUCAACGGUGUGGCCCGCGGCCCACGCUACCACCCCAACCACGACGAGGAGAACUCGGCCGACAGCGACAGUUCCUCGGAGGAGGAUGGCGGCGUGGCAAGCUGGUGCCACUGCAGCCUGACGCAGGAUGGCUUCCUCAUCAAGUGCGAGAGCUGCAGUUUCAGGGGUUUGGACAGACGAAAAGGUGUCGAGGGCCAGCGCAGGAAACCUGAAAAUGUAUCAGUGGGUGAGAGCAGCGCCACAGAGAGUGGCGACGAGGAGGUGUCCCCCGCCACGGUGUCCUACACAGCCACCCAGCACACACCCACCAGCAUCACCCUCACUGUCAACCGCGUCAAGAGGAACAAGUCCAAGAAGAGGAAGAAGAGUACAGAGAAGGCUAGGGGAGCACCCAAGGGCAAGAAGGUGAAGGCCUUUAGGGAGGGUUCAAGGAAGUCCAUGAGGAUGAAGAACUCUACGACAGAGGCCAGCCAGGUUGACGAGAACACGGCCGAGGGCUGGGAGUCUAAGAUCCGCCAGUGGACAGACCAGUACGAGGAGGCCCUGGCCAACCAGUACAGCGCCGAUGUCCAGACUCUGCUCCAGCUGCACCGCGCCGCCAACACCACGGUCACAAACGCCACCGCUGGAGCAGAGAACGAGUCUGUGACGCGGUCGCCACAGGGGCAGGUCAGAGCGUCGGCGGACAUGAUGGACACCAUCAACCGUACGGAGCUGGCAUGUAACAACACUGUGUUGGGCUCUCAGAUGCAGUUACAGCUGGGGCGGGUGACACGCGUGCAGAAACACAGGAAGAUUUUGCGGGCCUCCAAGGACUUGCAGCCAGACACACUCAUUAUCGAGUACCGGGGCAAGGUCAUGCUCAAACAGCAAUUUGAGGUCAACGGACACUUCUUUAAAAAGCCUUACCCUUUCAUUCUCUUCUACUCCAAGUUCAACGAGGUAGAGAUGUGCGUUGAUGCACGGACAUUUGGAAACGACGCUCGCUUCAUCAGGAGGUCCUGUACACCCAAUGCCGAGGUGCGUCACAUGAUCGCAGAGGGCAUGAUCCACUUGUGUAUCUAUGCUGUUACUCAGAUCACCAAAGACGCGGAGGUCACUAUCGGCUUUGACUACGAGUUCAAUAGCUGUAACUACAAGGUAGACUGCGCCUGCCAAAAGGGCAACCAAAACUGCCCUGUGCAGAAGCACAACCUGAGCCCCCGUGAGAACCUCCUGUUCCCCCCUGCCCCGCCCCCUCCGGCCUCCCUGGCGGGGGCGGAGACUCGGCGGCGGAAGGCGCGGAGGAAAGAGAUGGAGGGCGGCGUGGGGCCCGGGGCCACAUCGGACGACAGCAACCUGCCCCCGGAGGAGACGGGAGAGGCUCAGGAGCUGCGAGGAGGCAGCGAUCCAGAGGAGGGCAUUGUAGAUGGGGUGAAACAGGAAGAAGGGCUGGAAGGAGAGCUGGACGAAAACGGCCUACUUAUGUCCAGCCGACGAACCCGCGAGGAGCGCAAGGCGGAGGCCAUCAUGCAUGUGUUCGAGAACCUCGACAAGAGGAAGCGGAGGGCGACCCUGGGUGGUGCCUCCACAGGAGGAGGAGCGGAAGAGGCAAAGCAGGAGGGCUCUCCAUUUGAGGAGGGGGCAGUGAACCCCUCAGGGGGCAACCCUGCGCCUCACAGCACGGGGACGGGGGUCAGCACGCGCCGCACCACCUAUGUCUCUGAACCGACAGUUGAGCUUGAAAAGACCCCAGCGUCGACGCCAGUCUCCUCCUCCUCUGCCGGCGCUCCCAAUCUCCCUGCUCCCUCGAAGCCACCCCCUUCCCGCUCCACCAAGCCCCGCCCCAAGAGCCGCAUCUCGCGCUACCGCUCCAGCUCGUCGCAGCGCGCCCGCCGCCAGAGGCAGGCCCUCGCCCAGCAGCAGGCCGCGGCCGAGCAGGGGGGCGGGGCGGCCGAGGAGGGGCCUCAGGGCCCGGUCGGGGCAGAGCCUGGCCCAGGGGACGCCGGUGCGACCGCCGGACACACUCUGGACGGAGACCUCAGCUCCACUCUGAACAAGGGCAACCUGCGCUACCCCAAGACCAAGAAGUACUUGGUGACUGAGUGGCUCAACGACAAGGUCCCCGACAAGGCGUCCCAGGAGGCUCCUGGGGUGGCGGAACGCCCUCUGCGCAUCACCAGCGACCCGACGGUGCUGGCCACCACCCUCAACAUGCUGCCCGGGCUGUCCCAGCCGCCGCUCAUCUGCACGGCACCCAAACACUACGUCCGCUUUGGCUCCCCCUUCAACCCGGAGCGCCACCGCCCACGGCCCCUCAAACUGGACGGCACCUAUGGCUGCUACAAGAAGAGAUGGAUCCAGCAGGCCCAGGAUGAGAGCUGCUCGGCUAGCUUGGAGGACGGCACAGAGUCCACCUCCUCCCACCAGAGCAACAGCAGCAGCUCCACCCCUAACCCUCCCUCCACCGAACUGGCGGCGCCCAUCAAGAAACGGAGGGCAAAGUACGCCUCAGAGGCUUCGGCCACACCCAGCGAGCACCUCCUGCCGCCUCUGUCACCGGUCACGCCGCCCCCGCCUUCGGACCCGCUGCUGAGCGCAUCGUGCGCCGCCCUGCUCCUGGGCAUGCACCCUCACCACCACCACUACCCUGGGGACGAGGAGGAGGGGGGGAUGCAUCGACCCAACAGCCUGGCCUGCUCCCCCCUGCCCUCGCUGCCCACCAGCCGCUGCAACACCCCGCUGCAGUUUGAGAACAUAUCGUCCCCAGAGGCCUCUCCUCUACACAGGCCAGAGUCCAUCUCUCCAGAGCCAUGCCUAAGGACAGACUUUGAUCUGGGCCGCCCCCAGUUCCCGGACCUCUCUCUCUCCUCCUGCAUGGAGAGCCCCGUGCCCCUUGGCCCCGAUGACUUUCCCCUCUUGGGGGGGGCCGCGCCCCCUGAGUCGCAGGAACCCGCCUCUGUAGAAGAGGGCUCUCACACCCCCACACAGGCCACGCCCCCCGACGCUGGGCCGAGCCGAGAGCAGGCGUUCAGGACAGAGUUCAACCUGAUCUAUACUUGCUCACCCCUCAACGCCAACCUGGGCAACCCCACCACCGACAGACGCCUAUCCCAGUCGGAAGGCAGCUUCUCCCCCGCCGAGUCGUUCUACGGCACCGUGGGUGGGCAAGGCCUCCCAGUGGAGGCGGGGCUUGGCUCCAUGUCGCCCUAUGGCGAGCCGAAUUACGGAGGAGGGUACCCGGACAGCGACACACCGCCCCACACCAGCAACCCACCACAGAAAAAGAAGGUGUCUCUGCUUGAGUAUCGCAAGAGGAAGCAGGGGAGUGGCCGGGACUCGGAGCCAGGCGGGGGUGGCAGCAACCUGGGUACCCCCACCCGGCCCGGCUCCAUGGGCCCCGGCAGGGCUGAGUCCCCAGGGAUGAUCUCUCGCCCCCCCCACCACCACCACCACUCCCAACACCACCACCCACACCUGCAGCCCCCGACCUCCUCCUCCUCCUCCCCACACAGCUCCUUCUCCUCCCCCGCCCACCCCUCCUCUUCCAUCGCCCAGAUCGAGGAGGUCAGCCCCCCACCGGAUCACCAUCAGAACUCCUCCCAAGCCUCAGGCCAGCAGCAUCAGGGCAACAGCCACUGGAUGGUGCCCACCAGUGUGGAGCGCCUGAGAGAGAACCACGGAGUGCUGGAGCGAGUCCUUCGAGGGGGGCUCAAGAUGGAGCGCACAGCCAAGAGACUAGGCGGCGCAGACGCAGACAAGGACCCUGAUGCAGAUAGGUAUGAGCUACAGACCAUGGGCAUGGCCUCUCCUAUGAAGAGUCCACAUAGAUACAGCCCAUCUGUCUACACACAUCAGCCCUCCUCGUCGGAAAGCCAUCAUCAGACAGACAGUCCGGUGCUCCUGCAGAUCAGCACGGCAUCCUCUCCAUUCCGUGGCUCCUACAGUCCCUCGGCUGCACCUCUUUCUGGACAGGGCUUCUACUCCCGCCUGUCCUCCCACAUUGACCCCUCCCAGCAGCCCCACAACCCCCCUUCCUCCUACCCCAACCAGACCACCUCUGCAGACUCAGCCCAAUGUGGGACCUCCAGGACACCAGGGGGUGCUCUCCAUCAGCAAAGCAGCAGCAGCAACAUGGAUGUGUCCAAUAGAUACAGCGGGAGCCACCUGAAAGCCAGCCUCUUGAGCAGUGGGCUGUCUCCUACCCCUGGUUCCAGGGCUCAUGGGCUCCCUAAAACUGACUUGGGUGCGGCUGCUUCUGUGGGGGUCCAAGCGACCCAUGCCUCUAGACUGAACCAGCAGCAGCAGGCACCACGGAGCCUGAAACCAGGCAGCCCUGGACAGGCAGGGUUGCAGGUGGGAUCCAGACUUCUCCAAGCCUCUGGAGGCCAACACUACCCGCAGCGCGGGCCGGCCCUCAGUCAGUUUCAGCACCCUCCUAUACAGGGGUCGGGAGUAAGGACACAGUCAGGAAGCUUUUAGUGUGUAUCUGUGCUUGUGUGAAUGUGUGCGAGAAGUCCUGUACCUCCUCUAUAAAACCUGUGGAGGACCAAGUAUGAAAGAGUUUGGCAGGGGAAAUGUACAGACCUAAUGGGAGCUAAAGAACUUCUGGUAUGGAUUUCUUUUCUUUUUUUUCUCUGUUCUUUUUUUUUUUCUCCAAAAAGG